AUGUCCCCUAGAUUAAUGUAUCUUCCAAGACGACUGUUCAUAAGUCUGCGAAGUCCCAUAUCAAAACGUUUCGAAACAACAAUAACGCGCCAACCAGAUGCCACUUCAGAUUCACGAUGGCUGGGUACGAUCAAAGCUAGGAUUGGAAAAUGUAUAAUGUUUGGAAUGAGUCGGGAACAAGCACGAGAUGCAGGAAAAAUACUCGAGGUACUGGGGCGAGAUUGGAGGGAGUUGUUAGCUGGAAGACAUGGUUAUUUGGUGGAUAAAAAGAGAGCUGGUCUAAGUCGACAUAAGGUUGUCUGGGGGAGAUGGACUGCAUGGUAUAUUCCCCUUCUGGGCAGAAGGAAUGGAGAAUUGUACCUUCCUGGACGCAUUUUGAGGUUAAAACAUGUUAACAACGUCAUGUACAUACGAUAUGCAGAGAGUGCAAGAGUAAAUUGGGCUCAGAAUUAUGCUGUCCAUAUCGAUCCCCAGAACCAAGAAAAAUGGAGACAAAUGUGUACGCCAGAGGGCUACGGAAUGAUAAUGAGAAGCAUAAAGACGAUGUAUCUUUUUCCUAUGACAUGGCCAGAUCACAUUUCCGUAUAUCACAAACUCACCCAUAAACCCAAAAGUAAAGACGAAUUCUCUUUCAAAUUGGAUGUCUUAAUCGUAUCGGAAUUACACCAGCGGGUAGCUGCAAGAUGCGAGGAAGAUAUUGUGACGUAUGAUUAUGUAAAAGGAAAGAAAGAGGGCUUACAACCAUGGCUUUUGGAUGCGUUCUCGAAGACUUGGGACGAGCAAAAUGCGGCGAUGAAUAAUGCACUGAAAAAGAUCAAGGAUAUAGAAGAGAAGGUUAGGAAGUUGGAGGUUGAUACCUGGGAUAGGGCAGACGCGGUAGAGGAUAUGGGAACCCCGAAAAAGACUUGA